ACCCGUGGGACGCUGCAACUCGUCGUCUCGUUAUACCCGACCGCCGUAGCCCGCGAUAUUAUUCGCCGCGAUCAACGUACGGAGAUCUCGCGAGAACGGCAACAGGCUGCAGCUGGAAUUUGAAGCGCGAUCCAAGUACCGCCCUUUUCGAAUUGAAUCGCGCGCUCGACUGAUAAGAAUUCUUCCGACACGACUCUCCGAAUAUGUGUGUGUGUGUGUGCGUGUGAAAAUGUGCGAUCGGAGGAUCGAAUGAAAUUGAAAGGAGCGCAUCUUCUACAAAACUGACGGUCGAGUUUGCAUAUUUCUCGCGCCUACUGCGGCCUCUCUUUUUUUCUCUAGUUUCUUCUUUUUUCAUUGUAACACGGGCCACGAUGUCUUUCGCUGCGCGAAAAAGCGGUUUCCAGAAACCUGUCUGUAAUAUGACAUUUCUCCUGUGCUGCCUGCUAAGCUUCAGCCGAGCGGAUCUUCCUCAGGAAGGAUAUUCUUCCCUACCAUUUAGAAAUUCGAGACACUCGUAUCCGUGCGCACCUGUCGAUGCGGCAUCGUUGGACGCAUUCGGCUCAACUAUCGCGUGCGCCUUGAAGUUUAGCUCGAUGAAGAGCGAUGACAGCGAGUCCAGAUUAGGUGCUCAUGUACCAACACCCACGUAUGUCAAAGUGUCGGCGCCUUUGCUGUACAAGCCUUUACCGAGAACGUCGUCCUUGGUAUACAUCGCGCCGCCUAUCGUGAAGUCCGCGUCAGCUAUCGUUGCUACGGAACCGAAAACGAUGGAAAAAGAUGCUCAAUAUAUGGCGUAUCCCAAGUACUCUUUUAAUUAUGGAGUGAUCGACGGAUACACCGGCGAUUCCAAAUCGGCAUGGGAAGAACGAGACGGCGACACCGUCAAGGGAGAAUAUUCGGUCGUGGAAGCGGACGGGACUAUUCGAACUGUCUCUUACACGGCGGACGAUCAUAACGGCUUCAACGCGGUUGUGACGAGAAGCGAGCCCCCAAAGAACGCGCAGUCCGCAGCCGAGGUGAAGACGUUCGUGCCUAGUGCCGUAUUUCCAAGCGACAGGCAUAAAAUCUAAUAUUAAUUUUUAAUAUCCUAUCUUUAUAUCUAUGCAAAAUGUUACAUAAUAUUUUAGAUUUAUCAAUAGUUCCUUGUGCUUAGGAAAUGGAUCGCAUUUUCUCCUAGAAUUUUUACAUAUCUUAGAAAGUGAUGUCUUAUUAUACAACGUAUCCAAUUUACAUCAUUUCAUAUAUUUUACGAGCGAUUAAGGAAAGUUCUAGUUUAGAUAACCGAAAAAGUAUAAGAUUUGUACGAAUUCUUUCCAAAGAAAUGUAUAAAGAUAUUAAUACAAGGUUUUGGCCAUAUUAUUUAUCAUUGUUUUAAGUACAAGAAACUAUUUUUUUUAUUUAACCUUUUAUUUGAUAAUGUUGAAUUAAUGAAUUGCUCUUACACACACACACACAAGCAAUAUUGAUUUCUCAUGAGCGAUAUGUAUGAACGAUGAUGUAAGAAAGACGCAGGAUAUUCAUUUAGCACUAUUGCUCUGGAAUAACAUCUAAUUAUCUAUUCUAUUCGUCGGUGACUUAAUAGUUUCAAUUCUUGCCAUUAGAUGACAAAAAUCGUUGAAAAUUUUCAAAAUUUUUUUCAUUUUCAAAGUGGAAUCUCGAAAACAACGUAACUGUAUUCAAGAGUUAUCAUUUACUUCAUUUAAAA